UCCGUCGGGGAAAUUUUAAACAGGAUUUCGGCGGAAACGGGGGGAAGCCGUCGCUGCGCGCGCGCGAGUGUUGUUGUUGUUGGUCGCCGGUACUGGUACCAGGUGAACACACACACACACACAAAAACAAGUUCUAGCUAUUUAAUAUGUCAAAACGAAAAGAAUAUGUUUCUGAUGGAAUGUUACCCACAAAAAGAAUCAAAACUGAAGUUGUGAAGGAAAAUGAUCCAGAUGAAGCCAACGGAGGUAAUUGGAAAAUUGCAGCGCAUAAUGGACAAAGUGGUGACUGUCUUCCAAGUUCACUCUUGAAUGAAGGUGAAGUAGGAAUAAUCGAAAGUAUUUCGUUGAAAAAUUUCAUGUGCCAUGCUUGCCUUGGACCUUUUAAGUUUGGACCAAAUGUGAAUUUUGUGGUUGGAAACAAUGGAAGUGGGAAGAGUGCCGUGCUAACAGCCCUCAUAGUGGGGCUUGGUGGGAAAGCAACUGCCACAAAUAGAGGAUAUUCCAUAAAAGGAUUUGUAAAAAGUGGUCAAAAUUCUGCAGAUAUUUCGAUAACAUUAAGAAACAGAGGACCCGAUGCUUUUAAACCUGAUAAAUAUGGGGAGGUUGUCAUUGUGGAGCAACAUAUUUCUGGGGAUGGAAUAAGGCAUUACAAAUUGAAAAGUCAAUCAGGUCACUUAGUUUCCACAAAGAAAGAAGAACUCAAUACAAUAUUGGACCAAUUCAAUAUCCAGGUAGAUAACCCAGUGUCAAUUUUAACACAGGAAAUGAGUAAACAUUUCUUGCAGUCCAAAAGUGAAGCAGAUAAAUAUAAGUUUUUCAUGAAAGCCACUCAAUUGGAACAAAUGAGAGAUGAUUAUUCCUACAUCAUGCGAAAAAAGGCCUUAACAAAUGAGAAAAUUGAAAAACAGGAUGAAAAUCUAUCGGAGUUAAAAGAUCAGGUUAAGGAAAAGGAGGAGCGUUAUAAAAGCCUUUCUUCACUGAAUGAAUUAUUGGAAAAAUUGGAGCAACUUAAGAAUCAAAUGGCCUGGGCUUUGGUCAUUGAAAUUGAAAAGCAAAUGCAGCCAAUAAAGGAUCAUAUUAAAGUUGAGGAAAGUCGUACUAUCAAAUAUGAUCAGAAAAUAGAGGAAUGGCAGAUCAAGGUGAAUGAGACGGAAGAAAAUUUUGAGGCAACCCAGAAUCAAUUACUGAAAAUUACAGAGGAAGUUCAAAUAUUGCGACCACAGUGUACAACAUUAAAAGAAGAUGUGCAAGGAAAUAAUAAAACGUGCAAAGAAUCCGAGGCAACAUUCCAUCGCUACAGGACACAGCUGAAACAACUUGAGAAGGACCAUGAUCAGUUACAAAGGCGUAUUAAUGAACUGCGAAAUAGUGUCAACCAGAGUUCUGAGGCUGAUCUUAGAAAACGACAAGAAAGAAUUAACAACCUGCAAGACCAAUUGAAAACACUGGAAGCACGAGAGACCAGUACCAUACAGCAGUUGGAACAGUUUCAGCAUGCAAUCAACAAAUCCAAAGAUGAACAUUAUAAACUUGGACGAGAAGAACAGGAUGCAAAAAAUUCUGUUGAAUCCAGAAAGAAGCAGCUGAACAACCUGAGAGCCAGCAGAACAAACCAGUUGAAAAGAUUUGGAGAGAGUAUUCCAGCAUUACUGGAAGCAAUAGAAGAAGCACAUCGACAGGGUCGUUUCAAGAAGAAACCAAUCGGCCCGUUAGGUGCUUGUCUCAGACUAAAAAAUCCUGAAUAUGCUUUGGCAGUUGAAAGUUGUUUAAAAUCGCUACCGCUUUCAUUUUGCUGUGAUAAUUACAGAGAUGAGCAGGUACUGCAGACUUUGAUGUCUCGGUACUUCAACUCAGGAAAACGACCCCAAAUUAAUGUAUGUGAAUUUUCAAAUCAGGUGUACAACGUAAAAGACAGAGCUGCAUAUCAUCGUGACUUCCAGACAGUGCUUGAUGUCUUGGAAAUAGACAAUCCAGUGGUGGCUAACUGUUUGGUUGACAUGAGAGGUAUUGAAAAAGUUCUGUUGAUCAGUAACAACAGCAAAGCUCGUGAAGUUAUGCAGCAGCAAAGAGCACCCGUAAACUGCAGAGAAGCUUUCACUGCUGCAGGUGACCAGGUUUUUGCCAAUCGCUAUUACUCUUCUGAAAUGGACAGGGCAAGAUACUUGGGUAGUGAUGUGGAAGCGGAGAUCAGUCAGCUGGAAUUGGAAGUGAACAAUAAAAUGGCUCAAGUAUCACAUUUUCAGCAACAAUUGCAUUCAGUGGAGGAAGAAAUCAAAAUAAACGAGACUCAUAUGAAAACAAAACAAAUGCAAAUCAGAAAAAUCCAGGGGAGUGUGACAAAAAUAAAGCUAGAAAUCACGGAUUUAGAGAAUGUGGACGAACCUCAAUCUGUGGAUAUUUCCACACUAGAAGAAGAAAUGCAAGACAUAUGCCAAAGAAUAGAGUCACACAAGGAGAAGUUAGAGCAAGCCAGAAAGAAAAUGGAUGUACACCGAAAAAUACUGGAUGAGGCUGAACAGAAAUAUAAAGAGAUGAAGGAAAAGAUAAAUGUUAUAGCUGAAGAUGCAGAUCCAAUAAAGGAUGAAUUAAAUAAGAUCGACGCAGAGGUUGGAAAAUGUAAACAUCAUAAAAGGCAUUAUGAAGAGAAGAAAAGAGAACACAUGGAUGGGAUAGAUAAGUUAAAAGAAAAUUUGAAAAAUAAAGAAACUAUUUUAGAGGAGAAUACUGCUAAAGCCAAGCAAAUUUUUGCGGAACGGAUAGAAGUCACCAGGACUCCCAAAAGUAUUGACAUGGAGAUCAAUCGUCUGAGAGAGAGGAUCAACAGAGAACAAGAACGUCAUGGGAAUAAGGAAGAAAUAACAAGGCAAUACUAUGAUGUUUUGGAAACAUACAAGAAUGUCAAAAGCCAGAUCAAGAACUUGAAGAGAUUUAUGCAGCUGCUUGAUAAAAUAAUGGAGGAAAGGCACAAAGCAUAUAAAAUAUUUAGGAGAUACAUUUCUCUUCGCUGCAAGUAUUAUUUUGAUUCCAUGCUAUCUCAACGAGGCUACCAUGGGAAAAUGAGCUUUGAUCAUAAAAAUGCAACUCUUUCUAUUGCGGUUCAACCUGGUGAGGGAGACAAAGCGGCACUCAGUGACAUGCGCUCUCUUUCGGGAGGUGAACGCUCAUUUUCAACUGUAUGCUUCAUCCUUUCCCUUUGGGAUACCAUGGAGUCGCCCUUCCGUUGUCUGGAUGAGUUUGAUGUUUAUAUGGAUAUGGUCAAUCGUAGGAUUUCAAUGGACAUGAUGCUGAAGGUAGCAGAUUCCCAACGUUAUCGUCAGUUCAUCUUUCUUACCCCACAGAGCAUGAGUUCUUUGCCUUCCAGUAGGCUAAUUAGAAUUCUUCGCAUGCAUGACCCUGAACGAGGACAGACCACAUUACCUUUUCGUCCACUGGAUCAAGCUGAAGACUCUGAUGAAUAAACAGCUGUUAACAAGAUAUAUCAGAAGCACUGAGUUACAUGUGUAUGAAGUGUUUAAGUGAAAUGGGUGUUUGCGUGUGUGUGCGCGUAUGUGGGUGCUUUUAAAUUGACUGAUAUAUGUUGGGGGUGGAUAAACAUUACCAGAAUGAUUUUUGUAUUAAAUUAUGUCCCUAUCGUUCUUUUACUUGACAGCCCAAUUUUACUUAAAUUAUACCAGUGUAUGUUUAUAAUUCCAUUUAGUUCAGAAUAUAUUGAUCACCUGUGUAUUCUUUCAUACAACCUUUAUCGGUAUUAUAGGUACUUCACCAAAGAUUCUUACCAGCUUUUUUUAUUUACAUUGCCUAGGGAGGGGAACAGUUUGGUGAGUUUUAUUAUCUUUCACUGAACAGAUAAACUAAUACAAUAGGUCAGUUGUGUAAAAAUAUAUUUCUCAGUUUCAAUCCUUUCAUAUCAAAUGUACAAUUAAAAAUAUUUGCCAUUUUUAUAGUUCUGACUUCUAUGUAUGAAAUAAUUUUGAUUGCAAAAUUGUUUUAAAUUAAAAUGGUGAAAUGGAAAGGGGUAGCAAUUAAAAUUAUGUGCAUUUUAAGAGGCGGUGCAAACAAAAUGCCAACAUUUUAGUAGGUGCAAAGACAGCGACUUUGGGAUGGUACACACAUGUGUCUGGCAGGAUUAGUCAAGAAGGUUAUUAAAGAGACAUAUUGAUUAAUGAACUAAAAUACUGGGUUAGACCCGUGUGCAUUAUUAGCCACCACAGUUUGAGAAUAUGUUGGAUUUUGAUGUUAGGAGGAAUUUGCAACAUUCCUCCUCACAAAUAUCUGGGGACGAGUGUCUAAAUUGGGAGAACUUUCCCACAGACCAAACAAGUGGCAGGCUGAUGGAAUAUUACUAAUUGAGUAAUACUUUUCAGAUAAUGGUCUUGGGUUCUCUACCAUAGUUACUGAGUAUGCUAGGCAGGACAGGCCCACCAGGCAGUGGUAGAACAACUGAUGGGAAUAUUCUUUGGUCUUCUGCAUUGACUGCAGAUCCUGCAGCAUCUGGUCAAUAUGGACAAAGAAACACCCGAUUACCACCUGAUGUCAACCCUCAGCUGAUGAAACCAUGCCCCUGUAUCUUGAAUGUUUGGAAAACACAGAAGUAGAACCGCAAUGUGGUCUGGGUGGGGGCUUCAAUAUUCAUCACAAGUGUGACUUGGUAGGACAAUCACUGACUGAGCCUGUAGAGCCCUGGAGGAAGUGCCUGUCCAACAGGUUCUAGAGUCGAGAGUGUUUUAUUGUCAUAUGCUCCGAAGCGAAACAACGAAAUUCUGUCUGAGGCAAACCAGCAGGAUCAGUAAAAUAAUCUAUAUCUCAUCAUCAUCAUCAUCAUCAUCACCGCAUUGCUCUCCUUAAAUGCAUCCUGACCUGCUGAGUCUUUCUGGCAUUUUCUGUUGUUUGGGAUUGUACCACUUGCAUUUCUUAUUUGCAAGAAUCUUUGAAGUUGGAUCCUUCAAAUAGACAAAAAAAACGAUCAUACAAUGACAGUGCCCUCCAUAAUGUUUGGGACAAAGAUCCAUCAUUUAUUUAUUUGCCUCUGUACUCCACAAUUUGAGAUUUGUAAUAGAAAUAAUCACAUGUGGUUAAAGUGCACAUUGUCAGAUUUUAAUAAAGGCCAUUUUUAUACAUUUUGGUGUCACCAUGUAGAAAUUACAGCAGUGUUUAUAUUGUGGCACUGUAUAAUUUGAAGAUUGUUUGGU